UAUGCACAUACAUACAUACAAACAUGCGUAUGUAUAUGCAUGAAUGUAUAUUUGUAUACGUAUAUUACGUAGAAACAUAAAAAUCUUCAGACCUAUACACGCACGUACGGAUACACACAUAUAUACAUAUAGUCACCUAAAUAUACAUACAAACACACAUAUAGAUACACAUAUAGAUAUAUUUGCGUAUAAUUAUAUGCGUAUUUGUGCGCGCAUUUAAGUAGAUGUACUUAUCCGUGUUCUAACUCACGCACACGCACACAUGUACACGUAUAAACACACAGACACUCCCUUGCACCGAUAUACACAACACAACACAACACAUUAAUCAUAUAUUUACAUCCAGUCACUUAUUCACACGCUCACACACAUACACAUAUAUACACGCGCGCGCGCACGCACGCACGCACACAUGCAUGUACGCACAAACACAGGAACUCAUAUAUCCAGGUAUACACACUUAUACGUGCAAACAGCCUGCACACAAUAUUAAAGCAAGCACGUGCAUGCAGAAACAGACGUAUACACGCUUACACACAGAUACGGAAACGUACGCAUACAAAACACACCGCAUGCAGGACAGUCGCAGUCACAUUAGCAGCGACGCACACACACACAGGCAAAAGCGCACACACAUUGAUAAACGUCACAUACGCAUCCACACCUACACACAAACCUGCACGCACAUAUAUAAACGUACACACACAGGCACAUACAAUGUGAACAUAUGCAGACAUCCAUACACAGAAUAAACCGUUCGAGCGUCGGUACGCUUCUGCAACUGGACUACUCAUAUGUUUGAAGUAGUGUCUCUCGCUGUCGCUCUGUAUACAUGUGAAGGCACGGCUGCUUAAUGCUAUUGAAGUGACGCGAGCGCAAUGGAAUCGGUCAAAGAACUACGUGACUGGUUUGUGAGUAAAUGCAAAGUUACCGUCGCUGCCAAUCUGAUAACAGGUGGUUGUAGUGGACAGGACAGCCAGGCGAAAUAUGGGGGUACGUUGGUUACACCCAGUUCAAUACCGCAGUUUAUUAUUCCUUGCUCAGGAGAUGUCUCCCGUCAAUCGAGCGAAGAGAAGUUUUCGCAAGAAGAUGAUGUACGGAGUCAGACCAGCGAAAGCAGUGCUCCGUUCUCCGAUCGAAACAGUCCGGCUGUUUCUCUUAGUGGUUCGUAUUCCUGCUUAACCCUACCAAAAAGCCCCAUGAUGAUUCGGUCAGCGCCUGUAAGUCCUCGCCAAGAACACAGGCCGCGAAUCGGUGGACGUAAUGACAGACAUUCUUUAACAAGUAUCGACACAUUAAGAGAUGACGGUUCCGGACAGCAUAGUUACGCCGCUUCCAGCCAUUCAACCUAUUCGCUACCGAGAAGAUCUGUGGAUGUGUUGGUGCCACAUGCGCCGCAGUCGCUUUUUGUUACUAACACGAUGGCAACUAUGUCUUCUGGUUUACUACGCGCUACAGAUGGAUGUAGUCGAUGGGUCGAUGAAACUGCCGCGGCUUUCGGCGGAGGUGCAUCACAUUCUUAUAACAGAGGCGGCUACGAUAUCAGCUGUAAUAGUGUUGGCGGUGGCGGUGGUGGUGGUGGUGGUGGUAGUAGUGGAGGUGGCGUAAGCAGCGGUAGUGGUGCUGGUUCUGGAAUUGGUGUCGGGGGCGGUGCAGCGAUCGGUAGCAGUAAUAGCUGUUCUGUUCCAUACAACGGACGGUACAACAGAUCUUCUAAAGCCAGUGCGGGGCAGCUAUCUUUACCUCUUGAUAAAAACUCACCAUCUUUGUCCGUACAUUCCACUUCAGGCUACACAAGAAUGGAUAAACGUCCUGUCAUCUCAGUAUCGUCUCCUGUGGUAAGUAAAGACGAACGAGGAAGUAUGGAAUUCCAAGAAAAUGGCAGAGAUGAUGCCACGCCCGGAGCCAUGAGUCCUCAUAAAAACAAAAUACGUGGUCACAGUUAUCAUAGACGUCGAUCUUCCUUGUCUGAUCUGAACGUGGAUAGUGCUAAAUACUUAUCGGAUUUAGCUGGACAAGUACCAGGAUAUAAAUCUGCCGGACCUUCUCCGACCCCUCGAAGGAAAUACCACAAAUGUACUUCGCCCUUGAUGGAACACAAAACUUUCAACACAUUAACACCGUCAUCUCCUUCUUCCCCAGGUUCAUCUUCUGGAACCCGGUUCGAACUGAAAUCUGAUAGCUCUCUUACAGGAAAGCGGUCAAUUUCUCAACUUCAAGCGCACCUUGUCGCAGAGUUCGGGGAAUUAAAGUUCUCUUUCCAGCACCUGCCAGAACAGAGACAGUUUAAAGUACUUUUAAUUCGUGCCGAAAACCUCGGAGGAAACAAAAGCGACAACCAAAUUAACGCGUUCGCUAAAAUAAGCCUUAGGCCAGGCAAACAACAAAAAAAGGUUACUGACGUGUUUAAGCAUUCCAAGAACCCGGUUUUUAAUAAAGAAUACAUUUUUUCAAACAUUGAAACUAAGGAUUUGGCUAAAAUGCAUCUUAAAAUAAAAUUAGUAAACAGACAAAAAAACCUUGUCCCGGAAUUUUUAGGCGAAACAUGCGUCCAUCUGUCAGAUUACAAUUUAUUGGUUGAAAAUAGAAUGUGGAAAGACCUUGGGCCCAAAAGUAGCGAAGCGGAUCUUGGAUGCAUACAAACCACAAUUCUUUUCCAGCCAUGGGAGAAUAGAAUCAAUGCUACCGUGGAACAAGCAAAAGGAUUACGUCCUAAUCGUUUAACCGGAACAGUUGAUCCUUACGUACGUGUGGAAUUAUCUUUGGAUGGCGAAACCAAGGAGCGGUUCCAAACAAAGACCAAAAAGAAAUGCAUGGAUCCCGUGUUCUCCGAGAAAUUUCAAUUCAGCAUUUCACCACAACCAGAGACUUUGCAAUGUACAGCAAUUACGUUUACAGUAUAUGACCAUGAGCGUUUGCGAAGCGAUGAGAUGAUUGGACAAGUAAGACUUGGCUUGAAAGCCACAGAGGAUUCCGAAUUAAUUCAGUGGCGAGAAGCAUUGCAAAGACCCGGUGAGAAAAUAACAAAAUGGCACCAUCUCAUGCUGGCUAGCAAGUUUAAUUGAAAAAAGGGACAUUAAAUGGAUUAGUGGAAAAUCAUUGCUUCCUUUGUAGAAUUCUCUGUAGUCUGGCGAUAACAUGAAUAUUCCAAAUCAAAAUUUCUAUAGUUAAUAAGAUCGUUUAAAGAAUUUUCCAAUUGGUGACAGGAAUAUAUUAAUAGAAUAGCGUGAUUAUAAGACUGUAAGGCUUCUUUAUAUAAACGAACUUUCCUUAAGUAAUUCUGAAUCGUGGCAGAUGGGAUAAUACAUCCGACCAAACCCUUCUUACAGAUUCUGUUUCCUUAUGGGAGUAUAUGAAUAUAUAUGUAUAUUGUGUGUAUUAUGUAUGCAUAUGUGGGCGCAUGUAUGUAUGGAAGUAUGUAAAUUUGUAUAAAUAAACAUAUAUAUUGAUAAAUAUACGAAAACACAUGCCCGCCACCUCAUGUAUAUAUAUGUAUAUGUACUUACAAAGUCACUCGCUCACUUUCGUAUACAUACAUAUGUACAUACAUAUGUACGCACACACAUUAAAAUGCAUGCAUGUACAGUAAAAUACGGAGAGGUGUUUAUAGGACGCCUGGAUAAGUACCAGGACGUCCUAUAAACGCCAACAUCCCACCAACACACCCACAUUUAUAAGGAUAUGUAUAUGCAUAUGUAUCUACAUACGCAUAUGUAUACA